GCUCUGUUUUCUAUCUCUUUCUCUCUCUCUCUAGAAAUCAGAAAAAAAACCAGACCCGUAAUUGCAGAAACCAAACAAAACAGCGAACCCUCUUUUCUUUUCUUUUCUUUUCAUCUCCUUCUCUCUCUCCCUCUCUAGACAUGAUUUGAAGUUUAUCUAAGAAACAGGGAUUAGUUUUUCAAGUGGUGUGUUUUGUCUAAUCCAGAGAUUUUGUGAGAUUUUUCUAGUAACAUGGGUGCUUCAGGAAAAUGGUUAAAAUCACUCAUGAGUGUUAAAAAACAAGAAAAAGAUGAACAGGAGAAAAUGGGGGGUAAUAAAGGGAAGAAAUGGAAGUUAUUUAGAAGCUCAAGUGGUGAACUUGGAUCAGGAUGGAAAGGAUUUAAAAAUGGAAGAAGAGCAGCAUCUGAAAUAGGAUCUGAUGAUUCUUCAUCACGUGCCGGUGAUUACCAUCAUCAACAUCAUCAGCACAAGAAUGGAUUUAAUGCUGCUGUUGCUAAAGUUGUUAGAGCUCAACCUAAAGAUUUUAGAGUUGUUAGACAGGAAUGGGCUGCUAUCAGGAUUCAAACUGCUUUUCGUGCUUUUCUGUCAAGGCGAGCAUUGAGAGCUUUGAAAGGGAUUGUAAGGCUCCAGGCCCUUGUGCGUGGCAGGCAGGUAAGGAAGCAGGCUGCUGUUACACUGAGGUGCAUGCAGGCUCUUGUUCGUGUCCAAGCUAGAGUUAGAGCCAGGCGUGUUCGUAUGUCUAUGGAAGGGCAGGCUGUGCAACAAAUUUUGAAUGAACACCGUAGCAAAUCUGAUAUCCUAAAACAAGCGGAGGCAGGAUGGUGUGAUAGUCAAGGAACACUAGAUGAAAUUCGAACAAAGUUACAAUUGAGGCAAGAGGGAGCUCUUAAGAGGGAGAGAGCAAUUGCAUAUGCACUUUCUCAACAGCAAUGGCGAUCAACACCUUACUCAAACUCAAAACCAAAUGGAUCUCUAGCAUCUCUGAAGAACUAUGAACAAGAUAAGAGUAACUGGGGUUGGAGCUGGUUAGAACGUUGGAUGGCAGCCAAACCAUGGGAAAACAGGUUAAUGGAACAAAGCAAUGCUGACCCCCUAGAGACGACACCUUUGAAAAAAAGUGAACCUUUGAAGAAAACCGAAGCUUAUACAGGUAGUUGCACCAGAUCAAAAUCUUCCGAGCCCAGUCUUGUUAAAGUCAGGAAGAAUAGCAUGACCACCAGAAUUUCUGCAAGGCCUCCAUUUGUGGGUCGCUCAUCUUCAGGGCCAAGUUCUGAUUUAUACGAAGAUAGUUCAGAAUCUUCUUCAUCUCUUUAUGCAUCCUCAACUCAGGUGUCUGGCAAUACUCAGUUGGCAUCAGAUAGAGCAGAAGAGAGUAAGAGUAGACCUAAUUACAUGAGCCUCACUAAAUCCAUCAAAGCCAAGCAAAGACCCAUCAACUAUUCUUCAACCAGAAGCCAGAAGCAGUCAUUGGAUGAAAUUCAGUUUAACAACAGGUCUGGAACAUUUUCAAAUGGGGAUGCAAGAAGUCAGAAGCAGUCAUUGGAUGAAGUUCAGUUCAAUAGCAGGUCAGGUACAAUUUCAAAUGGAGAUACAAGAAGUAAUGCAGGUUCGGAUCCUUCAAUCUAUUUCUCAAAACCACUUAAACAACCAACAAGAUUGGACAAUAGAUCAGUAAGGGUAAGGGAGAAGGAGAACUGCUAUUAUAACUGAAAAACCUUUUAGUUUUCUAUUGUGUGUGUUGUUUUUUGAGUUCAACAUCUUGUUGUCUUGUAAGAUUGAAGAACUACUUAGGGUUUUAAGAGAGAGUUGUGCAUCUAAAUUAUGAACCUGGAUGGAGCCUGAUGAAGCUUUGCUGCCAAUGUUCUUUCUUUUGUAAUAUAAGUGAUAUUAGCUGGAAAAUGUAGCACUCAUUCAAGUUUUUUUUUUUUAAUUUUGUGAUCUUCGAAUGAAAUCUCGCAAGUGUUGGAUUG